AUGAGGUUGGAGCACACCUCCAAACCAGGGAUUGACGCCUUGAAAGAAGGCAUCAUCCAAGUCAUAGAGGGAAGUAACAUCAGACUUCGAGUCUACGGCCUGGGUAUCCAUAAAUUCACUUGGCAGAUUAUAUAUUUUGCUGAAAUGGCUCCGGUGGCUACAGGUUCUCAUGGUCUUAAUGACAAUGCCUGCCUCGAAAAGAGCAGUGACUUGCUGGUGCAGCCAAAGAGCGAUGAUGUCCGGGAAACUUCUGCCGUACUGUCUGUAGUAGUCCAGGUUCUGCGCAAGCACAUCCACUCCAAGUACUAUGUGAUGUGCCUCAAGAAAGAUCACGGGCAACUAAAGCAGCGGCCUGGGGAACACAAUUUGUUCAUCCAAGUGGUGGAGGAAAACAAGCUGGAACUCCCAAUCUGGCUUCUCAUCAUCUUAACUAUUAUUCUCUUGGGACUUUCAGCUAUGUUCAGUGGCCUCACCUUGGGCCUGAUGUCUCUGGAUCUCAUGGAGCUGCGUAUUGUGCAGAAUUGUGGCUCGCCCAUGGAGAGAAAAUAUGCCACCCGUAUUGAGCCCAUCCGUCGGAAGGGCAACUACCUGCUGUGUUCUUUGCUGCUAGGUAACGUUUUAGUCAAUGUAUCUCUUACCAUACUGUUUGACAGUCUCCUCCGUACAGAUAUUAUAGCUAUUGCACUCUCGACCAUUGGUAUUGUCAUCUUUGGGGAGAUACUUCCCCAAGCUCUCUGCUCUCGCCAUGGUCUGGCCAUUGGUGCUAAAACUGUCUUCAUUACCAAGUGUGUCAUGUUGCUGACUUUCCCACUUGCUUACCCCAUCAGUAAAAUCCUGGACUGUGUGCUAGGCAAAGAAAUGGGCACCAUAUACAACCGAGAUAAACUGAGGGAAAUGUUGAGGCUGACACAGCCCUACCUUGACCUGUUGAACGAAGAGUUGAAUAUCAUCCAAGGAGCCCUCGAAAUGACCACUAAGACAGUAGAAUGUGUUAUGACCCCAUUGCAAGACUGUUUUUUGGUCAGCAGUGAUGCCAUCUUAGACUUUGACACCAUAACAGAGAUCAUGGAAAGUGGCUAUACUCGCAUUCCCAUCUAUGGGAGAGAUCGGUCUGAUAUUGUUGACAUGCUCUACGUUAAGGAUCUAGCCUUUGUGGACCCCGAUGACUGUACCCCACUCAAGACAAUCACUAAGUUUUACAACCACCCAAUACAUUUUGUCUCCCACAACACCACACUGGCUGCUGUGCUUGAAGAGUUCAAAAAAGGUAAAUCUCACCUGGCCAUUGUCCAAAAGGCCACAGAUGUGGAGGACGAACAUGAAGUGAUGGGUGUGGUGACGCUAGAGGAUGUCAUCGAAGAGAUCAUCAAGUCAGAAAUCCUGGAUGAAUCAGACAUCUAUGCUGAGAAUCACAGCAAAAGGAGAACAACCAGUGCAAGGAGGUGGGACUUCUCUGCCUUCAAGGACAAUGAAAAUGAAGUAAAGAUCUCCCCUCAGCUCCUCUUGGCUGCACACCGCUUUCUCUCCACAGAGGUACCACCGUUUUACCCAAAAGCCCUCCCUGAGAAGUAUCUGCUGCGUCUCCUUAAACACCCCGAUGUCAUCUGUGAGCUGAAAUUUGACGAAGAGGACAAAUAUGCUCUCCACCAUUACUUAUACCAAAGAAAUAAGCCAGCCGAUUACUUCAUCAUCAUCUUGCAGGGGAAAGUGGAGAUAGUAGCAUGCAAGGAAAAUAUGAAGUUUGAAAAUGGACCGUUCUCCUAUUACGGAGUCAUGGCCUUGGAUUCCUCUGUCCCCGGAGAUGCUGGCCCUGUGGGACGCCUAGGCACUGUAAGUCGUAUCAACCAGGACCCUGCGUUGACUACCUUCAGCACUACUGGCAGUUCCGUCCAAAUUUUCCCAAGCAGCGGCCUGCAGUAUAUGGCAGACUUCACUGUCCGUGCCAUCACUGACCUCCUGUACAUCAGGAUCACACGGAAUCAGUACCAGAACUGUGUGAAAGCCUCAUUGUUGGAGAGCAACAUUGCAGCUAUUGAUAUUCAACAUGCAGAAACCAGCUCUGUUCAUAAGAAACCUGCCCCAAAAUCAUCUUAGACCUUGCCUAGUUUACCUCAAGAUGAAGAAUGGUAUUCUGUGUCAAAAUGAGGAUGGUGGCAUGGAUCGGAUAUCAUGUGGACCUGAUACCAAAGAAAAAAAUCCCUGCUAGUUCUGUCAGUGUGAGCCUUCCAGUUCCAGUUGUGUCCCCUUCCUCCCUUUCUGCAUUGUGCUGUUCCAAUGAAAUUAUGUGGCUUCCUCUGUA